AUGCUGGUGCUGCUCGGUGGAUGCGGCCGGGGUGGGAUGGCGGCGCGCAGAGGUCGUCACACAUGGCAAAGCGUGAUGGCGCCUCAGACCCAGUCCGGCAUGUCGGGCGUCUGUGUUGUCGUCGGCGUGCCUCGCCUCGCCUCACGUCGGCGGCCGUGUUGUUGCGGUCAGUGCCCAAGCAAGCGCCUGCUGCGGAGCGGGGGGCGUGUGUUGUUGCGGGGACGGAGAGUGACGAGACAAGGGCGAGGGGCGAGAGUGGAAAAGGAGGCCGCGAUAUAUGGCCGUCGGGUGCGAAGUGAGGUUGCUCGAGGGCCGCGACGUCUGGCCGCCGUGGCCUGGGUGGGUUCGGUCACGCGGGGGACACGCGAGGCGGGGUUGCGACGGCCUGUACGAAGAGGGUAUGUACGUAUCGGCGUGUCUUGGACGGAAGCGCUGUCCGGGGAGCGGCGGGGUUCGAGGAGAUGA